CUCCUUCAUUCCCUCUCUUCUUCCUUCCUCUCUUUCUUCCCUCAUUCUUGUCCAUUCUCUCCUCUACUCUUGCGUCUCGCUUUUUCCUUACCUAUCUCUCUUCCAUCUUCAUUUCCUCAUCCAUUCUUCCACUCAUCCUUUCAUCCUUUCUGGACUCUUCUCUCUUCAUAUCCUCCCUUCUUUCCACCUGGCAUGUCAGAGCUUGCAAACAGAGAAAGAGAGAGAGAAGUGUGUGUGUGUGUGUGUGUGUGUGUGUGUGUGAGAGAGAGAGAGAGAGAGAGAGAGAGAGAUAAAGAGACCAGGAGAGAGCGAGCAGACUGAAGCUGAACAGUGAGCGGGUUGAGUGGGUUGAGCAGCAGGAGUGCUUCUGUCCUCGGAGCUGUGGACGAUCCAGUCUCCAGUGUCUGAGAGCAAAGAGUCUGCAGGAUAAACUGCUUGUAGUAGAACAAGAAACAGGAUCUGUCCACUGAGAACUGAGUCUCGUUUAUCAGGACAAAAUUUUCUUACUCCAGGAUGAUCUAUCACCUUCCAAACCAACACAGAGCCUGAAGCUGCUCCGGCUCAGCUGAAUAAAUCAUUCCUCUGAAAGAGGAAUAAAGAAGAAGAAGAGGAGGGGGAGGAAAAGUUAGCCUAUCAACAAAAGACAAGAACAACUAAAAAAGUCUAAAUUGGCGCCUUUGCGGACUAUUGGAUAUAUUGUUCCCUAUGAAAUCCAGAAGAAAAGAGGAAUAAUAGAGAAAAAGUGACGUGAGAAAAGAAGGAAAAGGGUUUCAUUGUAAGACCAACCAAAAAAGGAUGUUGGUGUCUGUUACAUCCUAAAAAAACAAAAGAAGGAGAUAUAAAGAUGAAAAUAAAGAUUGAGUAACAGAAGAAAACUGCAACCAUAAGUGUCUGGUUUUGCUUUUUUUUUUCCAAAUCCAGAAAAAAGGAGGAAUAAAGCAGAAAACACAGAAGAGGAGGAAGUUUUUUCACCCUAAUGAUCAAAGAUGUUGUAGAUCAACUGUGUGAACUUCACUCUCUCAAGAAGGAAGAAAAAGAAAGAACUAACAGGGGAAGAAGAAUAUCAGCUUGUCAGCUGAAAAAAUCAAGGAAAAGUUUAUUUUCACUUUUUAGUUUUUGGAGAUUUUAUUAAAUUAUUCUGAAAGAGAGGGAAGAAAACAACUUAAAGAGUCUGAAUUUGCAGUUUGCUGAAGACAGAGGAGCAGGAAAAGUUCAAGGACCAACCAAAAAAGUCUAAAGAAGCUACAGAAACGCAAGAGUGAAGAGUCAAAAGUGAAGGAAUAGAAAGGAUAUAGAGGAAUAAAGUGGAAAAGAGAAAUAUCUGGAAAAAAGGGAGGGAAAAAGGGACAAGAAGGUUUAAAGCGACUACAGAGAAGAAAAGGAAUAAUCAAGGGGGAAAGGCAAUAAAGGGAGAAAAAGGAUGAACCAAGAAGAAAAGAAGUAGUAAAGAAAAAGGACAAAUCAAAAGAAUAGGGAGGACUAAAGAACAAAAGUAGAAACAAAAAAGGGGGGACUAAAGCAAAAAGAAUCCAGAAACAUUUCAAAGGGAAAAUCAAGAGUAAAGAACCCGAAGGACCCAGGUGUGGCAAUGAGGCUUCUUGCAGCGCCUCUCUCCAUCCUCAUCCUCCACAUUGCAGUGGCAACCUUGGCAGGCAGCAUGGCCCCGGGCCGGCUGGAGCGCUGGGUCCGCUCAGGCCUCCAGUCGCUGCACUGGGACCAGCUGGACCGUUGCCUCCGCAUGUCCUCCCUCCCUGAGGCCGAGUGCAGGCGGCUCGCCCACCUGCCAAUGUCCGCUGUGGCUGUUUACGUAUCGGAGCCACGCACAGCUGCAGGUAACUCAGACAAAGUUCUGGCCAUCCUGCCGGACUCCUCAGGUAGGAUGGUGAGCUCUAAACCGCGGGGAGGUUUCAGCGUCAGCCAGGUGCUGAAUGGAGGGGAAGGUCCCCCCAGACAGCAGCAGCCGUUCCCCGGUUCCACAGCUCAUGAUGCCGUGCUAGUGCUGGAUCCGAGCCCUGGGGAGAACUUUGGACACCCAGUGGUCCUCUUCUAUGUGGAUUUGAAUGUGACGAAGAAGAGCUGCUCCCAUCUGGAUGGCAUUUACCUGGGUGAGGAGUGUUUGACUCUGGCUUUGAAGGGUCGUUGUCAGAACCAGCUUAAGCGUCGGCAAGCCGGGCCAGAGAGGCUUAUGGGUAAUGGACAUGGUCGACUGGCAGGUGGGGCACUGCGUGGUGGUACCAUUACCACUAGCGGUGGUAGCCGUCUAGGGGAGCGGGCCAUUGGAGGGCUAUGUGAAGUCCACUUUCUUCCACUGGUGGUUGGACUCGGAGACAACAACCGAACACAGAGACUCAGAUGUGUUGACCAUGCAGAGUUUGCAAGGUGCCCUCAGCCACUGCCAAUGAGCUCUCCCAGUUUGCCUGUCUCAAGCUGUGAGCUAAAUAAAAACACCAGACGCUGCCACCAGCAGCCGUUGGCCACGCACCUCUCCUGCCGACUCUACCAGACCUGUGACCACGCUGUGCUAAUCUCAGGCGGCUGGCAGCAGCAGAUGACGUUCCAGCGUCAUGUUCAGAAUCUUCAGAGGUUCUACAGAAUGCUGCAGAACAACGGCUUCCAUAAAGAUCACAUCAAGACCUUCUUCGCCAGCAGCGGACAGCUUCCAGAGGAUGUAGAGGGUGUGUACUCGGCAACGGAGAAAGCGGUGAUUCGUAACCACGUGUCGUACGUCUGCAGGAAGCAGCACUGCGCCGACACACUGGUUCUUUACCUGAACUCUCCAACACGCAAUGACGGCACCAUGCUGCUGUGGGACGCCAACCUCAAUGGCAUUGCUGAUCUGAAGGAGCGAUACUCCGUCAACGAGCUGCUGGCCGACCUGGCCGGCUGCAGGGCAACUCGGGUUUUGCUGUUUGUGGAUCAGAGCUACAGUGGUGUUCUGUCCAAGAGGCUGCGAGGGUCCCAGAAACACCUCAAUGUGGUUCUGAUCCAGAGCCAGACACAGAAGACCCACAACCACCAGAGGUUGAACCCUGGCUGGGAGGACACCAGCUGGUUCUACAUCAGCUCUGUGACCUGCCUGCUGGACCACCUGGGAAAGGGUAGUGGGAUGUCUCGCCUCCUGAAGCCAUGGGCCGGCCUUUUAAACGUGACAUUGGCAGGCGCCCCCUGUAACGCCACGCCGCCUCUGACGGAUGGCGAGAUGCGGCGAGAGUACCAGGGCUGCCAGAACCUGCCAACCGCGCUCUGGCACCAGAAACUGAGGAGGACCAACAGAGAGAGAGACACUGAGACUGACUGGGAGAGAGAGAGAGAGUGAGAGAGACUGCAGUGGGAAACUAAUUAUGGACACACACAACGACCAUAUACAAGCGUUUGCAUUACACAUAUGCAUAUUUGUGUGUUAACUUAGGACUUUAGUUUCAGUGUGCUUGGUGGACAGUGGCGUGUGCAUGUGCUUUCUGUCCUAGCUCAGACAGUAACCAUGGUGAUGACAGCUCAUCCCAACAGGAGUGUCCUGAACACCAUGUGAACCGUAUGUGUGUGUGUGUGUUUGUGUGUGUGAGUUCAGCAAGAGGACAACCAGUCUCGGAGACCAUUGCUAGCUUACAUUCGGAUCAGUGUGUGUGUGUCUGUGUGCGUACGCCACAUCUCCUGGGCUCUUGAACAUUUCAGAGCCAAUCAUCUAUCUCUAUUUUUAUCUUUACAACAGUUAUUUCUUCAUUCUGCCCUUUGCUUCACCUUUCAUCAGCUACUUUGCUCCUCCCUUUCCUCUCUUGAUCUCCUCCUCUAACCUCUUCUCAACUUAAUUUCCUUCUUGCCUCCUUCUUUCCUUCCUUUCUUGACUUGCUUAUCUCAUUUUCUUCCCUUUCUCUCGCUCUUUUCUUUCUUCUUGCCCUUCUCCCGCUCUCUUCUUUCUUAAAUUCUUCCUGUGUUUCUUUUGCUGGCAUUCGACUCCUUUCUCGACUGUCUUUCUCAACUUCUUUCUCCUUUUACCCUUUCCUCUAUUUUUCUUACCUUCUCCACUUUUCCUCUUCCUUUUUGGCUGACAGUGUUUGAAAAAGUUGAAUAUUGGAAUAAUUUUGACAGAACUGACAAAAUCCUAACACAUAGAUGAGUUUCCAUUGACGUGUUACGUGCGCACAAGAAAACCUGAACAUUAACACCACAAUUUUUUCAAAAAACAUUACUUACAGAUUGAGAAAAAACCUUAACUCAAGGUCCACUUCCUAGCUUUUAUCCGCAUCUCACAGUUAAAAGCUCCUGAAUGUAUUUAUUUUUUGUCAAUCUAGUGUUUCCAAGGUCAAGAACUUUCACACUCAGUACUGACAAUAUUUUUGGAGAGUAGGGUGACACAUGAAGCCUCUUAACCCAAACUGCUGCUUGCUCUUCUCAAAUCAGUCAGAUGUCCGUUCAGUACAUCAUAUUUGCCAAGCAGAACUAUCAUUUGUAAAAGAAAUUCCUAAAGUCAACAUUUGGGUAAUCCAAACUGUGUCACAUUGUAGUUUAGACCCCUCUUAAAAAACCCAAUCAGCUAAUGAUAUUUUGCUACUUUUACAAAUGAUGUCCUCAUAAUUAUGUCCUAAAAUGACAAAAUGUUGUUUGUCAGAGUCGUCCAAAACUAAAUAUACACAAGUCUAAAGGUCGCGUAUAUGAGCAUUUCUCAUCUGAUGCCCCUGUGGUAUGGUUAUGCUACGUAAAGUUAGGUAACAAUUGUUGUCAUGUUGUAAAGAAACCAAUAGGAGAAAGGACAUAAACCCUGGUCUUCUGUGUUCUAAUGGUUUGAACAAACAACCAACCUGAGUGAUGAGAAAACCAGACAGGUUUUAAACAAAUCCCCAGUUCAACUCAAUUAUCUAAACCACAUCUUUGGUAGUGAACAUAAAAGUGAACACAAGAAAUUGUUUAUGGUUGCCCUGUGGUCUCUGUUCUAGAAGUUGUAUCAUGAUGACCAACAAGAACAAUGGUCAAACCUUCAAAAAAUAAAAUCCAGGUUGUAAAAAGAAUUUAAUGUUGCAUUAAAGCAGAGUGGUGUCUGAAGCCAGGAAAUUUAAUUUUUAAGAUUUAGAGAUAGAGGGCUUGUUAUGCUUCUUAACCUGAGGAAGAGGGAAAGAGAGAGACACUGAGACAGCCAGGAAACGAGAGACAGAAACUGGUUGGCAGUGAUCAUGAUUAAGAUAUGAAGCACUGAGACUGCCCUCACUGCUACACAGACUGGCUAUGGCAUUUUAAUAAGGGCACAACUUGUGUGUGUGUGUGUGUGUGUGUGUGUGUGUGUGUGUGUAUGUGUGUUCUAUCACAUAGACAGAGGCAUCACAUGAAACAUGCACACAUUCUAAUAUUAAUCCAUCCCUACACUAACAAGUACUUGUUGUCCUCUACUUUUGGUGGUACUUUGUGAUGAUUUUUGUCUAUACAUUACCUCCUGUCUUUUCUUCAUCCGAAUAACCAUAUAUACCACAGCCCAGUGUACAUCUCAUUCCCUCUCUGCUAUGUUUUGUACUAAUGUCUGUUGUACUGAUUUGUUUUUACAAAAGAUGGAAGUUGAUUGGAAGAAAAACUUUCCAUGUGGAAAUUGUGUGGAACGUUUUGGACCAGAACUGUGUCCAACUAGUUGACAUGUGCAUAUCCACAGUUUGUGUAAUGAUCUGUACAGAGUACGACAUGUAAUUUAGCAGAAAUGUUUCUAGUUGCCUCCAGCAAAUCACAAUCUAGUCAAUAAAAGUACUUUUAGAAACCAGCGAAGUACAUGAGAUUUAUUUGUCUGGCUUCCAACUCUAAAGCACUGACCAGGUGACCAUAUCAGCAGAAUAGGGCAUAGCAGUGAAUAGGCAAAGCAGACUUGUAAAUAUAAGCUAAACCUAAGUACCGUCCUAUGUUAAUCUUUCUUGUUGUCCUGACAAUCCUGUUUAGCUUUUGACUACUCAGUGGUUUCAUACAGCGUUAUAAAGCACAACCUUGUGAACCGCUGCUGUCUGACCCAGUUGUCUCCAACAAGCGCACAAUAACUUUCAAACCGAGGCUGUUGCAACCAGUUUAAAAAACAGAUAGGCCUGCAUUUUUAAUACCGAGUAGAGUUCCCCUAUGGCACUCAGACGACCACCACCCAGUAUUUUAGGUGUCCAAGGUUCCAUUCAUUUUAUGCAUAGACAAUGUUGGGUGACUGGCAGUUGAAGCAUUUCUAAGUGCUGGAAUGGAUAUGAAGCUUUCCCGUUUGAGUCAUCAGUACCAGCAAGGAGCAAGAAAAAAAAAGUUCAGAAUCAGAUGUCAUGUACAAAGACCAUGUGUAAAUUGUGUAAAGGAAAAAAAAAAAAGAGAGACUUAAAUUCACACGUACAAGACUGAGUAUGUACUGUAAAAACACAAGUCAACUAUAACUCCCAAGGAGCAUUAGAGUAACAAAGAUCAAAUCAAAAAGCAAGCUCAAAAACUCUGCUGCUGGGGCUGCUAAAGGCUAACUGAAGGCAGAGUCAAGAGCUGACGUAUUUAUAAUCAGUGGCCGUAACAUUAUCCUGACUCCUACUGUUCCUCUUUCUACAUUGUGGAACACUAGGAUAAUCAUUGAAGGAAAACAUUUCUCGAUCCUCCCCUUUAAGAGGAUAUUGUAAUCCUAGAUGCAAAAACACUGAAACAAAUACAUUUCCCUAGCACUUUGGAUUGCCCUGUUGUUGAAGUGUGUUAUACACAAAUAAACUUGUCUUCUCUAAGAAAAAAAGACACUGUAGUAAAAGUUCAAAACACUCCUGUCAAAAACAACAUAUCUGUAGCUGCUCUUCAGUGUAAUUACAUAACCUUGAACAUUCUUGAAUGAUUCAAAGUGUAUUGCCGUGUAUGCGCUGUUUCUGUAAAUAUCACACAAUUAUUAUAUCAGUCAUUUCAGGUUCGUAUUAGAGCUUCUCAGUGUGACAGAAGAUUAAUCUCAGCCAUAAAUGAGACACUUUGUGGUUUUCAAUUAUUUGACAAGGAGAAUCUCCUCAAUGACUAAGUUAAUGUUUGUAACUUGACAUACAUUAUAAUUACCACUCAUCUUUAUUGCAUUGAAAAAUGUGUGUAACCUAUAGCCUGUCCCUUCUGUGUAAGCAGAUGUAUAUAUGAAAAAAGUAAGGUGUUGUAGAUAAAUCUUUGUAUUUAUUGUCCUGUAUGUUAUCCAUUAAUGACUGUAACCUCUGUUUAUAUAUGAAAUAUUGUCAAACAAAUAGCCUACACAUAAAAAAAUAAAUAAUCAAACGAUG